AUGGAUGACCUGCGCCAGUACGCCAACGAAAACGCCGUCAUCAUGUUGAUUGGCAACAAGUGCGACUUGGACGCGGAGCGGGCCGUCAGCACAGAGGAGGGUCAGGCCUUUGCCCGGGCGAACGGCCUCCUCUUCAUGGAAACCUCCGCCCGAAUGGCCAUCAACAUUGAGAAAGCCUUUAUGCAGACUGCAGCAGAAAUUUAUUUUCGAAUUCAGCAGGGAAUUUCGGACAUUAACCACAAGGUGACUUUCCCCUUUUCACCUUUGCAUUGA